AUGGCCUUCAUUCCAAGGCGUCACCUCCUGACGAAGGUGUUUAUUGCUCUGACUCUCAUCAUUGGUGCAAAACUGGUUCUUAGCCCCCGCUCUUCAUCCUCACUGGAGCCAUCAGUCCUCCAAUCCUACAACGUCUUUGAGCGCGUCACGGGUGUAGACAAGAUUCUAAAUGUACGAAAGUACAAAUUUUUGCAAUGGAGGAUAGGGAGAGAUGUCAGGAAGGAUAUCCUUGACGAUGUCAUAGCCAACGGGGUCACUGAUUAUUGGAAUCGGUUUCAAGCACCACUAAUAAUGGGCAAGGACACUGCUCACGCAGAUCUCCAGAAUGUUCUAACUGCUGUCGAGAGCUUGUUAUCUCUCAAUGGUUGGGUAGCCGCUUAUUGUCCAACACUAGCCCGCCCAUUUGGACAAAACAAGAAUGUCGACGAAGAUGCCUAUGAUGACCUCGCUAGUGAUGACCGGCUUUAUUUUGUAGCAAUGGCAAUUCAUUCAGCCGAUCAUUUCCUGGUCGAUCAACUAGCUGUCAUUGUCCAACUUGCUAAGCGACUGGGUACUUCCAAUGUCUUUGUGUCUAUGUUGGACUAUGACUCUACAGAUUCUACGUCCACCCUUACCGACCUCUGUGAAGCCGUUCUGACCCUUUUGGGUGUCUCCUUCCGAAUACGACGCGUUCCUGGGAUGACAGAAGACGCAACUGCAGCCUAUUACCCCCUGGAAGAAGCCUACAUGCGCAACCUUGCAUUAGAGCCUCUUCUCGAGCUCUACCAGAAGCGCGAAAUUGAAUUUCAUCGCGUCAUUUGGCUAAAGGGAUUCACAUGUCCAAAUGACAUUCUCGAGACACUGCGUGUCAGCGUUGCGAAUGAGGCUGCCAUGGUGUGUGGGAUGGACUGGGCAGAAUCCAAUGGGCAGUUCAUAUUUUCCGACAGGUGGCGGACGCGAGACAUUCACGGCGACCAGUUCAGGCAAUCCACAUCCUCAGCAAAACCAGAUGCAGUCCCUCCUCGAGAUGAGAGCGGCGCCGCUCGGUACAUCCAACAUCUUCCUUUUCAAGUCUUCUGCUGCGAAGCAGGCACCCACAUCAUCGAUCCAACUCAGUCCUACUACAAAGGGAUUAAAUACCGCUGCGGUACCGAUUUCCACAAUGCGUCCUCUUCGUCGGACAGCGUACCUACACGCGCAGCUGAUGCGUCAUGUCUGGACAGUAGCCAAGCCUGGUUCUGCAGAGAUCUGUGGAUCAGUAAUGCGCUGAAUGACUUCCACGGGGACGAGGUCGUACCCACGCCUGAAGGCCAGCCGCUCUCACGCAGGCAAGUCCCCGACGAGGAGCCAGACGCAGACGUCAACGCUGGCUCUGAUUUUGACGCCAUGCCGGACUCAGAUGUACCCAUCGAUGUGCUCCCUGCAGCGCCCCUGUCUGUGCCUAAUUCUGCAUACACUCCCGCGCGUAUCCUGGUGAAUCCCCGCUGUGUAACGACGUAUGCUGGUGUGAGUCAUACCCAGCUUGCGCUCGAUCUUUUCGGUUCUGGUGAUGAUGACGAAGCUCAAAUCAAUUCCACAAAAUAUAUAUUAGAGGACUGGGAAGGUGCUCCUGAGAGCUUCGUGUGUCAGGAACAAAGGCAAACUGGAGGCAGAAAGGCAGCCAAAACCCAGCGCUUGCUUGGGUUUGCUAUUCAUGACGAAUUGCGAUAG